CUUUAUUAUUUACUACAAUUUCAUUAACCCAUGCCCAUUCUUGCUGAUAUAAAAUAUUAAGUUGAACUUUAAAUGAAGAAGACUUAAUCUAAUAGAGUUGCCCCUAGUCCUAAAGAGAAAGUAAUGCUUUUGACUCGUAUUCUUUAUGAAAGGAAACCAAUUAAAGAAGUAUUUAAUUCAAAAUAUCAAUUAAUAGGCUUGUGAAGAGUUACAAAUGUCUUAUGCCUGGGGUAAGGCCAUAUGGUCUGAACACAUAUCCCAAUAUAAUAAAUCAAAAAAACUAUAUAAAAAAAAAAAUGAUUCUCUCAAAACUCCCCCAAGCGAAACAGAAUAAAUAACUAAAAAGGUCGCAGGUGUCAAAAUGCUUCCAAAAGGACAACACAUCAGCAAAAAAUUCCACAUUCAAAUUUUAAUUCAUGGGAAUCCUGUUGUCUCUAAAAAGCUUGUUGAUUGA